GAGGCCUGUCAGGAGGAUGUGUCCAGAAAUUUUUGACUGAAGACUCAAUGUACUGGAGCUCUUUCCACACAGAGCUAACUGAUAUUUGAAGAAAAUUUUCAUUUCUCCAACCAAGAAAAAUAUGAUUUAUCUUUUCCAAGCCUCACUCUUAUUUUUAAAUCUAUGUAUUUUCACUUGUGGAGAAGCUAUACAAGACAACUGUGUGCAUCAUUCUACGGAUUCUCCAGGAGUUAACAUUGUAGAAGAUGAAUCUAAUACAAAAGGUGAAAGUAAAAGUAAUGCUACUGUUUACAAAGAAGAUUGUGGGGAAUCAUGUGAUAUUAAAACUAAAAUUACACGAGAAGAAAAAUAUUUCAUGUGUAGGAAUUUGCAAAAUUCUAUUGUUUCUUAUACACGAAGUACCAAAAAACUACUAAGAAACAUGAUGGAUGAGCAGCAAGCUUCCUUGGAUUAUUUAAUUAAUCAGGUUAAUGAGCUCAUGAAUCGAGUUCUCCUUUUGACAACAGAAGUUUUUAGAAAACAGCUGGAUACUUUUCCUCACAGACCAGUUCAGUCACAUGGUCUAGAUUGUACUGAUAUUAAAGAUACCAUUGGUUCUGUCACCAAAACACCAAGUGGUUUGUACAUAAUCCAUCCAGAAGGCGCUAGUCACCCAUUUGAGGUUAUGUGUGACAUGGAUUACAGAGGAGGUGGAUGGACUGUGAUACAGAAAAGGAUCGAUGGGAUAAUUGAUUUUCAAAAGCUGUGGUGUGAUUAUCUGGAUGGAUUUGGUGACCUCUUAGGAGAAUUUUGGCUAGGACUGAAAAAGACUUUUUAUAUAGUGAAUCAGAAGAAUACCAGUUUUAUGCUGCAUGUGGCACUGGAAUCUGAAGAUGACACAUUAGCUUAUGCAUCAUAUGAUGAUUUUUGGAUAGAGGAUGAAACAAAAUUUUUUAAAAUGCACUUAGGACGAUAUUCAGGAAAUGCUGGUGAUGCAUUCCGGGGCUUCAGAAAAGAAGAUAAUCAAAAUGCAAUGCCUUUCAGCACACCAGAUGUUGAUAAUGAUGGAUGUCGUCCUGCAUGCUUCAUCAGUGACCAGUCUGUGAAGAGCUGCAGCCACCUCAGUAACAAUACUGGCUGGUGGUUCAGUCAGUGUGGUCUCGCAAAUCUGAAUGGCAUUCAUCACUUCUCUGGAAAGUUGCUUACAACUGGAAUUCGAUGGGACACGUGGACUAAAAACAACUCACCUGUCAAGAUUAAAUCUGUUUCAAUGAAAAUUAGAAGAACUUAUAAUCCAUAUUUUAAAUAAUCUCAUUUAAAAUUUUAAUGAUAUUUUUGAUAAUAUAUAAAAGAUUCUACAUAAUUCUCUUUUUACUGAGUGUUUUAAGCACAUUUGCCAAAAUUUAACCAUAGAUGACAUUUAGGUAUUAUGAAUCUAAUUAGAAAUCUUUAAUUUUGUAAGGUUUUAAUAAAGGAAAACAUGGCUCAGU